AUGGCAGCAGCGGAAUACUUUACAGCAGGCCCAAGGCCUCCGCUGGAACAACAGAACUAUAGCUCUCAUGCACCUCCACAACCUCAGAGGGUGCACUCCUCGCAGCAUGGAUUCAGUUACCAACCCACUCAACCAGGCCACCUGAGUCCACAGUUUGGCGUUCAACCGCCAUCUCCAUAUGCUCCUCCUCCCACUUCGCACCCCCCUGCCUACCAAACUCUCAACAACGAACCGAAAGUUCAUUUUGCACACACCCCUGCGACGUCCGGGCAGCAUCGACCUUCCCUCUCAACCCAGCCGACCUACUCCCUCAACCAGCCCAACUUCCAGACCAGUCCCGCGCAGCAACUAUCUCCAUAUCCUCCAGGUCCAUACGUGCCUCAAGCCUAUCAACACCAGCCUUACGGACCACCUCAUCAUCGACCCCACCACAGGUCAUCACACAGCGACCCGGCCGGCGCCGGGUAUUCCUCAGAUCCUGAGCCCAACAGAAGAAAGCACAAGGACCGACCCCGUCGCAUAUCAGACAAUUCACGAUCUACAAACGCCGAUGGAUUCAUCGGCGCCGCUGGCGGCGGACUACUAGGCGACCUUCUGUUCCCCGGCCUAGGUACUGUCGGUGGCGCGUUGGUGGGAUGGGUCGGCGGCAAAGACUAUGGAAAGCACAGGAAGUGGAGAGAAGAAAAGAGGGAUCGAGAGCAGGAACGCUGGGAGAGGGAAUACCACAGAAGAAGUAGCAACAGUCGUUCGAGGAGUCACAGUCGAGACAGUGACACGCACCGGUCGGGACAUAGUCAUGGUGACCAUGAUGGGCGAAGACACAGUCAUGAAAGACGGAAGGGCUAUGAAUAA